CUGCACGCCUCUCUGAUUCCUCGUUGUCGUCGUCGCGCGUCGAGGUCUCUUCGUACUCGCUUUUUUCUUUGCUGACCACUGGGCCCUUGUUCCCACGGUCGUUACGCUCAUUUGCCUCCGUUUUUAGUUUCUCACUUCUCCCUUGUCCCUCCCUCUCCUUGACUGCUUCCCUCGGAUCCCCCCGCCUGUCGUUCCUGCCCCCUUCAUCCGCAAAGAGAAAGAAGAACUAAAAAAGAAGGCGCCGUGCCGUCCCCUUCCCCAACAUGGCCAGCUUCAGCAAGCCUGCGAGCAUCAUGCCCAUGCUCUUUGUCCUUUUGUCGCUCCUGCACUUCACUCUAGCCUUCCAGCAUGGCCACCAUGCCCGCGCAUUCCCCGAACAAUUCAGCGAGAAGCUCCCAAACCUCGAGGACCACAUCAAGCGCCAGUCGUCCAGAGGCGUCAUUGCUAUUGUCGGAGUAUGCAGCACCAACUACGACAAAACCACGGGCAAGUGCAACCCCGGAAGCACCGCUGCGCCCCGUCUCGAGCUUCGUCAGCUGGCCCAGAACACCGAUGCCUACAACCUGUUCCUUCUCGGCAUGCAGCGCUUCAAGGCAAUGGACAGGAACGACCCCAUGUCCUACUACGCCAUCGCCUGUAUCCACGGCCGUGCCUUCAUCACCUGGAACACGUUUGGCCCCCUUGUGAACAAGGCUGGUUUCUGCCCCCACGUCAUGACCAUCUUUGCGAGUUGGCACAGAGCCUACAAUGGUCUUGUCGAGCAAGCUUGGUACAGGUGCGUCCUCGAGAUCGUCGAGGAGUUCCCCCCCAGCACAAGACAGCACUGGAGAGACAUUGCCGUCAACCUCCGCAUGCCCUAUUUCGACUGGGCUCGCAAUCUGCCCCAAAAUGUUCCUACCGUCCCCACGCUGCUGCGCGACAAGACCAUGCCCGUCAGGACGCCACGUGGCGACAUGACGAUUGAGAAUCCCCUCUACAGUGCCAAGUUUGGCGCGUCCAUGCCCCCGGAGAUGGGUGGAACCCCAUGGAACAACUUCCCCGAGACGCUGCGACGCCCCGUUGGCAACCCUACCCGCAGCAAUAACAACGAGAUGAACGGUCGUUUCGAUACGAUGCGCAUCUCGCUGCGUGACCGUGUCUUUGCCCUCUUCGCCAGUAAGGCGCCCGUGGGCGCCGCUACCACGGCAGCCAUUGGUGUCCGCACCGACAUGAGCGGCAGCGGCGUCGACAGUUACGAGGCCAUCCACGAUGUCGUUCACAACUUGGCUGGCGGUGAGUCCGGUGGCUACAUGUACUACUUGGACAUUGCUGCUCAUGAUCCCCUUUUCUAUCUCCACCACUUCAACAUAGACCGUUUAACCCACAUGCACCAAAUGAUCGUGCCCAACACGUGGAUCCUCUCCGGUCCCGUAUCGCAUCCCAUGGCCCAAUGGCAACAGAAUGAGAUGAAGAACAAGUAUAGCCCUCUGAAGCCAUUCACAAAGGACAUUGCGGGCAACUACUUCACUUCAGUCGACGUUAUUGAGACGCGUACUCUUGGAUACUACUACCCCGAGACCAGCGACAGGUCCUACCAACAGACGGUGCGCGCCAUCAACCAGCUUUACGGUACCAACGGCAGGACCUUGAGCAAGCGCGACGGUGAUUACACGCCCUCUGGCCAGUACCUUGGCCGUCCUAUCAAGGAGGGCGAGUACCACACGGUUCUGUCCGUCAUCGCCAGCAAGUACGCCAUCGCCGGAUCCUACACUAUCCACUGCUUCGUUGGCAAGCCAGAUAACUCGACGUCUAAAUCCACAUCCAACUCGACUGCCCCCUACCCCGUGCAUAACUCAACCCUCUCGGCCAGCAUCUCGGUUGGUGGCUUGAACAUCUCGGCCAGCAUCGGCUCGACCACCCCUGUCUACGGUUCCUACACGUCCGAAGUCAUGUCGGACCCGGACGAUGCUCCCUAUGACCCAUCUACCGACCCUACUCAGGCCCCCAACUUUGUUGGUUCCUUUGGUGUCCUCGGCGGCAUGAUGGCCGGUGGCGGCAAUGCCUCUCAGCCCGUCAUGACCAAGGGCUCUAUCCCCUUGACUACGUGCCUGCAGGGUAAGGUUGCCUCUGGCGAGCUCCAGUCUCUGACUCCCGAGCACAUUGAGGCCUAUCUUCAGGAGAACCUCUAUUACAAGGUCAUCACCCAGGAUGGCGAGGUUGACGCCGACUCCAUCCCCCACCUGCAUAUCAGCGUUGCCUGCACCAAGGCCAAGCCUGCCGCCUCGGAUGACGAGCUCCCUGACCUGAGCGCUCCUUACAAGGUCCUCCCCAAGGCCACUGCCCAUCUCCCCGCCGGAAAGCCAUUCACCUACGUCCCAUCUGCUAUGGACAUUAUUCUGCCCGAAGACCAGGGCUACGACCUUCCCAGCAGCGAUGGCACCACGCCCAACCCCAGCCACGGCGUCUUCCCCAAGCCGGCCAUGAUGCCCUGGCAGGAGUCUGGCUACUGCUACAGCCAGCAGACGAUUGAGUAUGUCGAUGAGGGAGGCAACUUCCUAUACCGCCGAAUGGGCUCUGGCGGCAAUUAAAUGUUGGCUUUUGGGCACAAGGCCAAGUGGCGGGGUUGGCUGCAUCCAAGAGAUUUUGGGGGGGUUUUCCUUUUCUUACAUAAUACCUUUUGAAUGUGUAUCGCCGCAACGAAAGAUCUUCUUUCUUUUGUAUAAAUAACCUUUGAUAUCCAAACAAGGCCUGUUUUGUCGUUUCGGUCAUGUACUGUUGGGUCAUGCACUGUUCGAUGCUCGCAGCAUGUCACUAUACCAUUUCCUGGCGUUUUAGUGUCGCAAUCCAACGCCAUCUUCUCC